UACAUAUAUGUAUACACAUACAGAUACAAUAUGUAAACACUGUGAUUUUCUUACGCAAUGAAAACCCAUGAGGUUUUUCUGCAUAAAACGAAAAGAAAAACAUCCCUCGCUUCAUCAGUUGCAAAUCGUGUAGUUUAAAGUUUCACAGCCCAUCUUGUAAAAUUUUUUGAAUAAAUUUCAUCAUGCACCAAACAAAAAUUUUAUUUUGUUUAGUGCUGACUAUAUGUGGUCUGGUCCAUUGUGAGUACUUGACUCAUUCUGAGGCUAAACGCCGACUGGGAAACGCAGGCAUAUCCAUUAAGGAGCACCGACCGAGCUGCACCGACAGGACGAAUAAAGACUGUACAUCGCUCGAUAACGUCCGAUCUGAAACAAUUGGCUGGUUGAUAAACUUCAAACGGGUCGCAAUUUACGACGGAAGACAAUGCACGUUCAUUGUUACUGGUGGCACUGAGGCUGGUCAUGGCGGUGGGGGAAAAAACACCCACGCGGGCGGGUACAAGAUCGACCUUCGACUUAACACCUGUCUCGAUAACUUUAUCCAGUCAGGAUCCAAGAAUCGUCGUAACGCCUACUUUCGAUACGUCAAGGAUGUCACACUGAGGUAUAAUAGGACAUCGUUCUAUAAAGCUCCAAAAUAUCAAUCUGGCUCCGGCGCUUUCCUGUUGAGAGAACAUAACCAUUGGGACGCAUUGUAUCCGGAAAAUCCGGUGACGAAUUGGGGUCGCGGGUAAUCGUGAGAAAUUUUGGAUGGUUGAGGUAAAUUUCAUUUACAUGUUCAACUUUUAAAAAAGUUUCAGUCUUUAUUAAUCUUAAAAACUCUAAAGAUUUGUUGCUUCAUUAUCAUUGUUGCUUCAUAUGUAUUUCUAUGUUUUCAAGCUUUGAGAAUAUAUAAUAAAAUAUGUAACAAAGCCUCGCAAAAUGAAUUAUUCACAUGAUUGUAAAAUUGAAUUUAGAAAAUUUAGAUAAUAUUUUGUUAAAUAUUUUCGAAAAAAACUAAAGGUGCAUGGUGCCUAAAAUCGGUAAAAAUUUUCUAUCACAUUAUUUAAAGUUUAGUUUCAGCAUUUUACAGAGAAAUGCAUGCAAGUGCGAAAUAAACUUAGGUUUUUUCAAAUUGUCUAAAUAUCUACAAAUUGUGUUUAGAAUUGAAAUUAAUUGAUUAAGUUGCACGAGAUGAUAAAGGUUGUAAGAGUAGCAUAAAUAUACAUAUUGUAAAUAUGUAUGUAUGUAUACCUAUAUGUAGAUAUUUUUAAGGUAACAUGUAUUCAUUUUAUCUAAGGGGUGUAAAUAUGCAAAUGUUUCGCAUAAAAUUUGACAUUUCUAUAGCUUCAAUAAAUACUUAUAUUUAAUAUGCACGGACAUAACGUGUCAUGAA